CACUGUUUUCCCUUCCCAUCUCAUCUCUUGUUUGCAUUUCAAACAACAAUGGUUGAAUCCUUUCUCUUUAGCAUGGCAGAGAAGCUUUUAGCAAAGCUUGCUUGUCGUGCCUUUGAAGAAGUUUCUCGGGUGGUGGGUUUAUACGAUCAUCUUCGAAACCUCACGAACACUCUCUCCUUCAUCAAGGCUGUGUUGUUAGGUGUUCAGCAAAAACAAGAGCACAACCCUGAGCUCCGCGAAUGGCUCACUCAGAUCAAAACUAUCUUCUCUGAUGCUGAAGAUGUUUUGGAUGAAUUUGAAUGCCAAACACUACGAAUGAAAGUGGCCAAAGCUCAUGGUAGCACCAAAGACAAGGUGAGUAACUUCUUCUCAAGUUCUCAUCCACUUGUUUUUCGUCACAAAAUGACUCAACAAAUUAAAGAUAUCUGUAAUAGACUAGACAAGGUUGCAGCUGAUAGAGAUAAGUUUAGUCUUCAAAUAAUUGAUGUUGAGACACGUGUUGUUCAUCGGAGAAAUAUGACACACUCCCGUGUGAGUGAUUCAGAUGUUAUAGGAAGGAAACACGAUAAAGAAAAUAUCAUAGAGCUUUUGAUGCAGCAGAAUCUUAAUCAUAAUGAUACAAAUCUAUCUAUUAUCCCUAUUGUGGGGAUGGGGGGCUUGGGAAAGACUACACUUGCAAAGUUUGUGUUCAAUGAUAUCAGGAUUCAGGAGUGCUUCUCAUUGAAGAUGUGGGUGUGUGUUUCCGUUGACUUUGACAUUGAACAACUGAUUAUCAAAAUCAUCAAUUCCGCCAAUUAUCCAGCGUCUGCUGAUGCUCUUUCUCACCAAACGAAUUGGAACAUGUUGGAUCUGGAACAACUGCAAAAUCAACUCAAAAAUAAACUUUCCGGUCAAAAAUUCUUACUCGUAUUGGACGACGUAUGGAAUGAAGACCGUGUUAAAUGGCUUGAGCUGCGAAAUUUAAUCCAAGUAAGUGCAGCAGGAAGUAAAAUCCUUGUGACCACGCGUAAUCCUUCAAUUGCUGCCAUGAUGGGCACAGUUCCCUUUCACCUUUUAAAAGGUCUUUCUGAUGAGGAUUCGUUGUCUCUCUUAGUCAAGUGGGCAUUUAAAGAAGGAGAGGAGGAAAAACAUCCUCACUUAAUAAAUAUUGGAAGACAAAUUGUGAAAAAGUGCAGAGGGAUUCCAUUGGCAGUGAGAACAUUAGAGAGUUUACUAUUCUCAAAAUUUGAGGCUAGUGAAUGGGAAUACGUGAGAGACAAUGAAGUUUGGAAUUUGCCUCGGAAAAAGGAUGACAUUUUACCUUCCCUUAAAUUGAGUUAUGAUCUCAUGCCUUCCUAUUUGAGACAAUGUUUUGCAUUGUUUUCCCUUUACCCAAAGGAUCGACAAUUCUAUAGUGAUGAAAUAACUCGGGUUUGGGGUACUUGGCUUUGGGGGGCACUUGGACUCAUUGCACUGCCAAAAACGAAUAGGACACCUGAAGAAGUAGCAAGUCAGUAUUUGAAUGAACUUAUGUCAAGAUCCUUUCUUCAAGAUUUUGAAAACUUUGGAACUGCGUAUACUUUUAGAAUACAUGAUUUGGUGCAUGAUCUCGCCCUGUUUGUUGCGUUGGAUGAGUGUCUACACGUGAAUUCCAAGAUUCAAAAUAUUCCAGAUAAUGUUCGGCAUCUAUCUUUUGCUGAAAGCAUUUUGUUCGACAAUUUAGUCACCAAAAAAUCAGCUGCUGUGAGAACCGUACUAUUUCCACAUGGUGCAGCAGAAGCUGCCAACGGUGAAGCUAUACUAACGACAUGUCUGGCAAAGUUCAAAUGCUUGCGAGUUUUGGAUUUAAGUGGGGCAAUAUUUGAGACUUUUCCCCGUAACAUUGCCAAGUUGAGACAUUUGAGAUAUCUGGACAUUAGCGACAAUCCCAACAUUAAGAGACUCCCCGACUCUAUUUGCAAGCUCCAAAGUUUGCAAGUGUUGUUACUUGGCGGAUGCAAUGAGCUGGAAGCAUUGCCCAAAGGGCUAAGAAAACUGAUCAGUCUCCGUUAUCUGGAGUUUAGCAUAAAGCAAACUGUUCUGCCUGUGAAUGAGAUCGCCAACUUGGUGUCGCUUCAAAUCUUGAGUAUUGAAUCGUGCAUUAAUGUAGAGUCCAUAUUUGGAGGGGUGAAAUUUCCUAUUCUUACAUCAUUGUUCGUUUCUGGUUGUCAGAGUCUAAAGUCAUUGUCUUUGGAUGGUCAAAAUUUUCCUGAAUUAGAAACAUUGUUUGUUGACGACUGCAGCAAUUUGGACUUGGAACUAUGGAAAGGCCACCAUGAACAAGAAAGCUCCAAGCUGAAGUUAAAACUUCUUGCGUUUUCAAGUUUAUCACAACUGGUGGCCUUGCCUAAAGGGCUUCAGGAGGCUGCCAACUCUUUACAAUGCUUGUUUAUUUCAAAUUGCCACAAUAUUGAAGCACUUCCCGAUUGGUUAACAACUCUGACUGAUCUGAAAACACUUCGUUUAAUAGAUUGUCCAAAUUUGGUUUCUCUCCCACAUAACUUCCAUGACCUCACUGCACUUGAAACUUUGAGGAUGAAAGGUUGUGCUGACUUAUGUAAAAAAUAUAAACCCCAUGUUGGAGAGUUUUGGCCUAAAAUAUCACACAUCAAAAACAUUUUCAUUGAUGAACCAGAAGAGCCGGAGAAGAAUUAGAUAAAGAGCAAGACGAAGUUCAAAGUCCCUUAUUUUCUUUAUUUGUUCUUUUAUUAAAUGUGUUUUUCAUAAUUUUGAUUUUUUUUUAUGGUUUUUCAUUGUCUUUAGGAAAAUUAAUUGGGGCUUUUAGUUAAGGCAUUUCAAUUUAGAAGACCUACAUGUAUUUGCGUAACAGUGCCACGUUUGUUCUUUCUACCAAUUUGCUUUGUUCAAUCAUUAAUAUUGUUAUACACAAUUAA